GAUGUCCAGGAGUUCACUGGGUCUGUGGAGGACAGAUACAGGAUGGCAGAAGAGUCCAGCCACUCCCCUCUUCCCACCAACGAAGUGAUCACAAUGAACUCAGUUUAACCUUUCCAUUCACCGAAAAGCAACAGUUGCUAUUUUAAGACAUUGUUGUGUCAAAGACAUUGUUUCGAUCUGAAGCACGACUAAAAUCUUGACCGGGUUGCUAUCGUUUUCGUAGCUUGAAGUUUUAAAGAAAUCUGGUUCAAAACAGAUUUGCCACAGGGCGUUUCGUAUCUCUUUGGAAAUCGAUGAAUUAAAGUAAUUUGUCAUAAACUAUUCAUAGUCUGUUGUAAGAAAACGUGAUUAUGUGUCACCAGGAAAUAAUAUUCAACUACAGAAGGUUUCUAAGAUAUUUAGGGUUCAUUUGGGAUAAUAAUAAUAAUCAAAGUAGUAAAAAUAGAUAUGCUAUAUAGCGUUUAUAGUUGCAUUGAUAGAAAAUGGCUUCUUUACCGAUGAGAGAAAUGGAAGGAGCAGUAUGGGUGCCAAAUCAGGGUUGAAAUCGACAAAAUAUCGGUUUAAUCGCAAACCACAUGUCACUAGUAGCUUCUAGGUUUUAAACAGAAUUAUUUUAAUGAGAGUGAUGGAUGGCAUUCCUUUAAUUGUCAUGCAAAGACGUCGCUUUCCAGAGCUGGAAAUAUUCUCAAACAGCCACAUUUUUAUGUCUCAGAAACUAGCCCAUGCUUACUCCGAAGCAGAGCUGGUUUUGCACGUUCUUUGGAAACUAUUUACCGUCUCUUUUCUUCUCCUUUGGCAGCCUGAAACUUUUGACUCUGAUGAAGAACAUUUUGCAAGCCAAGGCAUCAGGACGGACACCGUCAGCCUCCUCAUGAAAAUAGAGCAGCUGCAGGCGCAGCUCAAAUACGAGCGCAGAUGCAGGAUCUUAGCUGAGAGAGAGCUGAGGGAACUCAAAGAGAUGAACACGCUCAUGAUACAGAUGAGGCACACAGCAAAUGAACUUCGAGCAACUCUGGAUCACGUUCUUCACGGAAGCGAGGCCGGGGUUGAACCACAAAACACUGAUGAAGGCGUGACCUUCCUGAGCGAUUCUGGAGUUCAUGUGGGAGGAGUUCAUAAUAUCCCAGAGGAUGACCUUAACUUUGUGUAUCUUGCUGAGAACAUACGAGUGCCAAAAGAUCUUUAUGAGCGUGUUGCAGACAUUUCUGACUUUAAGAAGUAUGUCGGCGCUCUGCUGAUGAUCAUUUUCGACCGAGACACUUUGGCCACUCACUGUCUGCAGGGCCGGAAGAAUAACUUCACAGGAGAAGAUAGCCACAAGCCUCCUCUCCCACCUGAGAUCUUAAAAAGCUUAAUGGAUCAUGUCGCAGAAAAGUUUGGCGUCGACACUACCCAGAUUAAAUAUGCCAUCCGCACAAAGCUGAACAACGAGGACAAGCUGCUGAAGAAGAGGUUGGGCUUGGUUAAAACUGAAAGCAGAGCGUCUGUUGAUCAAACUUUCUGCCAAGAUGCUUCGAUUCUGUCUAGAAAUGAUGCAAUGGCAAAUGACUCUGUUUUCUAGUGGUGCUGAUCUGCCACUGUAUUACUAGCUAAUCUCAUCGUUGCCUUUUUUUUUUAACCAAGUUAAAUUUUCUCCCACAUUAAGCUGCUUAAGUUUUUCAAAACUUUAUAGAACA